AUGAUUAAAUUUCGUUCAAUUGAUCGAUUACUUCAAUUCGAACAAGGUACAAUUGCAAAACAUCCAUUUAUGGCAAUAGGCAUUGCACUUAUAGAAUAUGAAGAACUCUAUACAAAAUGGCUUAAUAAUAUCAUUAAAUAUUUACCUAUCUAUCUUAAACAAAGUUUACUUGUUGAUGCUGAACAACGACCAGAUCUAUUUUUAGAUAAUACUAAUAAUAAUAAACAUCGUGAACAACAAUUUAUUAAUAAUAGUCCGACAUAUCGAUUGCCAUUAUAUACAACAAAAAAAAUCUAA